UGAUGAGAAAUCAGUAGUGAGUUAUUGGGGUGUUCCGCCUUCAAAGGUUACUAAAGAGGACGGUACUGAAUGGAAAUGGAAUUGCUUUAGGCCAUGGGAGACGUACAAGGCUGAUUUGUCAAUAGAUCUGACGAAACACCAUGCGCCAACCACUUUCUUGGACAAAUUUGCUUAUUGGACCGUCAAGGCUCUCCGAUACCCCACUGAUAUAUUCUUUCAGAGGAGAUAUGGUUGUAGAGCAAUGAUGUUGGAAACAGUGGCUGCAGUGCCUGGAAUGGUGGGAGGAAUGUUGUUGCACUGCAAAUCACUGAGGCGAUUCGAACAGAGUGGAGGAUGGAUCAAAGCACUGUUAGAAGAAGCUGAAAAUGAGAGGAUGCACCUCAUGACUUUCAUGGAAGUAGCCAAGCCUAAUUGGUACGAGCGUGCACUAGUCUUUGCAGUGCAAGGCGUCUUCUUCAACGCCUACUUUGUCACUUACCUUCUUUCACCAAAGUUGGCUCAUCGUAUCGUGGGUUACUUGGAAGAAGAGGCAAUUCAUUCCUACACUGAGUUCCUAAAGGAAUUGGACAAGGGCAACAUUGAGAACGUUCCUGCUCCUGCUAUUGCCAUCGAUUACUGGCGUCUCCCUAAAGACUCCACUCUCCGUGAUGUUGUCUUGGUUGUUAGGGCUGACGAGGCUCAUCACCGUGAUGUCAACCACUUUGCAUCUGACAUUCAUUAUCAGGGACAACAGCUGAAGGACUCUCCAGCACCAAUUGGGUAUCACUAAGCCACUAAUACACAGAUUGAUCAAGUUAAAUGUCGCUGUUAUGUUCUUUUUUGUACUGGUAUAGAGCUAAUGUAGUACCUACUACUAUUUUGAAUGUUGAUGUACAUAUUUUUUUUCUGUGGAUUUGGUUGGUUGUUUACUACUGCCUUCAUGAAUCUCUGAGAUGGCAGUAGAGCACAAUGAGCUCUGUAUGAUUGGAGCAUAUACCUUUUUGAUAAAAUUUGCCAUCUUGGUUGA